AUGCCUGAAACAACUCAAGUCAAGUCAGGAAGUGGUGAGAAAGGAACCACGUAUGAAAGCAGUCAUCCUUACCACUUAAACAAUUCAGACUCACCUAGUAUGACUCUGGUCAAUAAUAUUUUUGAUGGAAGAGGAUAUCCAGGCUGGAGGAGAUCUAUCCUUUUAUCACUAUCAGCCAAGAAGAAACUUGGCUUUAUCAAUGGAACCUGCAAGGCUCCAGAACUGGAAUCUGCAGAUUUUGAGCAAUGGAGUUGUGUUACCGAUAUGAUCAUAUGUUGGAUAUCAAAUGCACUGUCUAAGGAUAUUGCAGGUAGUGUGAUGAGUUCCAAAACUGCUAAGGAACUUUGGGACAGUCUGGAGCAGAGGUUUGGCAAAUCAAAUGGUGCCAAACUCUACCACCUGCAAAAGGAAUUAACAAGUCUAAUACAAGGGAAUAGUGACAUUGCAGCUUACUUCACCAAACUUAAGAGAUUAUGA